GUGGGUUCACGCAGCCGCUGCGCGCCGUGGAUACGCCGAGAGACUAUGGAUACUGAGCGUCUUUUUCCACGUUAAAACUCCACAAUGAGGGAUAAAAGUAAAGCGCGGUGCUGGGAGAGGGAGAGUUAAUGCGUUUGCGGAGGAGUUUCGGUGAAGUUUCAGUGGGAUUCGGCAGGUUUUACAAGCAUGGAGCUACCGAUGUGUUGGAUUUGGGUUUGUGUCCUGUUCGCCGCGCCGCUCGCGGGAUGUUUGGAGAUGCACCUUUCGGAGACUUUACAGCCCGGGAGCCUUCUGGCGAACCUGUCGCUCGGACCUGGGUGGACGUACAAACUUGACAGGACUUUAUCACCCAAAUUCAUUCAGAGUUUCUUCCAAGUUGAGAGGCGCGACGGGCUGAUCCGUCUGUCCCGGAAAGUUCAGUGCGCGCACACGCCGAGGAACCCAGCGUCUGUUUAUUUCAGAACGUGUUCCUCCGCAUCUGGAGACGUUAUUCUGACGCAUUUUAACGUCUUCGUCCACGGCCAGGACUGUUUUAUUAAAUACAAGAGAAAGAAAGCGUCAGGUAAGCCAGACGUUCACAUUAAAGUCCGCUCAAAACUGGAGGCAACUCCCUGCUCACCUGCAGGUACACUGCUUUUGAAUGUAACACAACUUUUGCCUGCUUUUACGCGGAGCAGUUCCCUUUUGGACACUGACUGCACUGGAAAAGACUUUGUUGCGGUGUUCAGGCAGAGGGAUUUGUUCCUGGCCACUGACCUGUGCUUUGCGCACAGGGGACAGCCCGAGGUGGAUUUGCACUGCGCCUUGCACAGCUCUGCAGGCAGCCGGCUCUCUGUGCAGCUGAGUCUGACGCUUGUAAAAGUGCCUAAACAUCAUGGAUCUGUAUCUGAAAGCGUCCAGAGAAAGUCUGGGAUCCACAGGGGGAAGCGACAGGUGAACACAUCCCCCCAGUUUCAGCUGCCCAACUAUCAGGUGUCUGUGCCUGAGAAUGAGCCUGCAGGAACUGCGGUUAUAACCCUGAAAGCUACUGACCCGGAUGAUGGAGAGGCAGGGAGGCUGGAGUACAGCAUGGAGGCCUUGUUUGACAGGAGGUCCGAUGACUUUUUCGACAUUGACUCCCAAACGGGAAGCAUCACAACCGUCCAGGCGCUGGACAGAGAAGUCAAAGACACCCAUGUUUUCAAAGUUACUGUGACUGACAACGGCACCCCCAAAAGAUCUGCCAACUCGUACCUCACUGUCACUGUGAGUGACACUAAUGACCACAGCCCCAUAUUUGAGCAGAAUGAAUACCGGGUCAGCAUCCGGGAGAACGUGGAGGUGGGCUUCGAGGUGAUGACAAUCCGGGCCACUGACGGCGACGCUCCCUCCAACGCCAACAUGAUUUAUAAGAUUGUGAACGGCAAAGGAGUCAACUCUGUGUUUGAAAUCGACCCCCGGAACGGCCUGGUGAGGAUCAGGGAGCGGCCGGACAGGGAGACCCGGGCCCAGUACCAGCUGAUCGUCGAAGCCAACGAUCAGGGGAAAGACCCGGGUCCCCGCAGUGCCACCGCCACCGUUCACAUCUCCGUGGAGGAUGAGAAUGACAACUACCCGCAGUUCAGUGAGAAGAGGUACGUCGUUCAGAUUCCAGAGAACGUGGCGGUCAACACCAAAGUCAUCCAGGUCGAAGCCACGGACGAAGACGAGGGAAACAACGCUAAAGUUCACUACAGCAUCAUCAGUGGCAACGUCAAAGGCCAGUUCUACAUUCACUCCCCCACCGGCGUGAUCGAUGUCAUCAAUCCUCUGGACUAUGAAAUGAUCCGGGAGUAUAAUUUGCGGAUUAAGGCUCAGGACGGGGGCAGGCCUCCGCUGAUAAAUGGCACAGGGAUGGUGGUGGUGCAAGUGGUGGACGUGAAUGACAACGUCCCCAUGUUUGUCAGCACGCCUUUCCAGGCCACUGUGUUGGAAAAUGUGGCCAUCGGUUACUCUGUGAUCCACAUUCAAGCAAUCGAUGGGGAUUCAGGAGAAAACGCCCGUUUGGAAUACCGGCUCACGGACACCACGCCUGGAUUUCCGUUCACGAUCAACAACAGCACAGGAUGGAUUACAGUGAGUGAGGAACUGGACAGGGAGACCACUGACUUCUACACCUUUGGCGUGGAGGCCAGAGAUCACGGGAUACCUGUGAUGUCCUCCUCCGCCAGCGUCAGCAUCACGGUGCUGGAUGUGAACGACAACGUGCCCACAUUCACCGAGAAGACCUACUCGCUGAAGAUCAACGAGGACGCCGUGGUGGGGACCAGCGUUCUGACGGUGACGGCCGUGGAUCGAGACGUCAACAGCGUGGUGACCUAUCAGAUCUCCAGUGGCAACACCAGGAACCGCUUCGCCAUCACCAGCCAGAGUGGUGGCGGCCUCAUCACCUUAGCCCUUCCUUUGGACUACAAACAGGAACGCCAGUAUGUGCUGACGGUCACCGCCAGCGACGGGACUCGCUACGACACCGCCCAGGUGUUCAUCAACGUCACGGAUGCCAACACGCACCGGCCCGUCUUCCAAAGUGCCAACUACCAGGUGAUGCUCAGUGAGGAGAAACCGGUGGGCUCCACGGUGGUGGUGAUCAGCGCGACGGACGAGGACACGGGGGAGAACGCUCGCAUCACCUAUGUGAUGGAGGACAAUGUUCCUCAGUUUAAAAUCGAUCAGGAUUCUGGUGCCAUCACGACACAAAUGGAAAUAGACUAUGAAGACCAGGCCUCCUACACGUUAGCCAUCAUUGCUAGAGACAAUGGCAUUCCUCAGAAGUCUGACACCACCUAUGUGGAGAUUAUCAUCCUGGAUGCUAAUGAUAAUGCUCCUCAGUUCCUCAGAGACAGGUACCAGGGGACUGUUUUAGAAGAUGCACCUAUCUACACCAGCGUUCUCCAGAUUUCUGCUUCGGACAGAGAUUCGGGCUCCAACGGCAGGGUGAGCUACACGUUUCAAGGCGGGGAUGAUGGAGAAGGGGAUUUCUUCAUCGAGCCUUACUCUGGUAUCAUCAGAACCGCUCGCAAACUGGACCGGGAGAACGUUCCUGUUUACAAUCUGAAGGCCUUUGCUGUGGACAGAGGGGUUCCACCUCUGAAAGCAGCUGUUCCUGUUCACGUCGUGGUCCAAGACAUAAACGACAAUGCUCCAGUGUUUGAGAAGGAUGAGCUUUUCAUUAAUGUGAAGGAAAACAGCCCGGUGGGGUCAGUCGUGGCCCAGAUCACCGCCACCGACCCGGACGAGGGCACGAACGCUCAGAUCAUGUACCAGAUCGUGGAAGGGAAUAUUCCAGAGGUUUUCCAGCUGGACAUCUUCAACGGCGACCUCACUGCGCUCACAGACCUGGAUUAUGAGACCAAAACUGAGUACGUCAUAGUGGUUCAGGCCACGUCGGCGCCGCUGGUGAGCCGAGCCACCGUGCACAUCCGCCUGCUGGACAUGAACGACAACCAACCGGUGCUGCAGGACUUUGAGAUUAUUUUUAACAACUACAUCACCAACAAGUCCAACAGUUUUCCUUCAGGAAUAAUAGGGAAGGUACCGGCUCAUGACCCGGAUGUGUCGGAUAAGCUGCGGUACAAGUUCGAAUCUGGAAAUGAGCUCAGCCUGCUGCUGCUGAACGAAGACACCGGGGAUCUGAGGCUGAGCAGAGAUCUGGACAAUGACAGGCCUCUGGAAGCGCCUAUGACCAUUUCUGUCACAGACGGCCUCCAUCGCGUCGUGGCCCUCUGCACGCUGCGCGUCACCAUCAUCACCGACGACAUGCUGACCAACAGCAUCACGGUUCGUCUGGAGAACAUGUCCCAGGAGCGCUUCCUCUCUCCGCUGCUCAGCCUCUUCCUCGACGGCGUGGCGGCCGUGCUCUCCACCAAACGGGAAGCGGUGUUCGUGUUCAACAUCCAGAACGACACCGACGUUCAAGGCUCCAUCCUCAACGUCACCUUCUCGGCGCUGCAGCCUGGAGGCGGCAAAGGGAUGUUCUUCCCUUCGGAGGAGCUGCAGGAGCAGAUCUACCUCAACAGGACUCUGCUCAGGCUGAUAUCGUCUCAGGAGGUGCUGCCGUUUGAUGACAACAUCUGCCUCCGGGAGCCCUGUGAGAACUACAUGAAGUGUGUGUCGGUGCUGAAGUUUGACAGCUCCCCUCCCUUCAUCGCCUCCGACACGGUUCUGUUUCGGCCCAUCCACCCCAUCAACGGGCUGCGCUGCCGCUGUCCGCUCGGGUUUACCGGGGACUACUGCGAGACCGAGAUCGACCUCUGCUACUCGGGACCCUGCAAGAACAACGGGAGGUGUCGCAGCCGAGAGGGAGGAUACACCUGCGAGUGUCUGGAAGACUUCACCGGCGAGCACUGCGAGCUGAAUGCGUCAUCGGACCGGUGUGUUCCCGGGGUUUGCAGGAAUGGCGGCAAGUGCGUCAACCGGCUUGCGGGUGGUUUCAUGUGCGAGUGUCCACUAGGGGAGUUCGAGAAGCCCUACUGUGAGAUGACGACCCGCAGCUUCCCCGGACAGUCCUUCAUCACCUUCAGAGGCCUACGACAGAGGUUCCACUUCACCGUCUCCUUCACGUUUGCUACCAGAGAAAGAAACGCUCUGCUGCUCUACAACGGCAGGUUCAACGAGAAACACGACUUCAUCGCCCUGGAGAUCAUCGACGAGCAGAUUCAGCUCACGUUCUCUGGAGGUGAGACGAAGACCACAGUGUCUCCCUACAUCCCGGGUGGAGUCAGCGACGGCCAGUGGCAUUCUGUGCAGCUUCAUUAUUACAACAAGCCUAACAUCGGCCGUCUGGGCAUCCCUCAUGGACCCUCUGGAGAAAAGGUUGCCAUGGUCGCCGUGGACGACUGCGACAUCUCCAUGGCGGUUCGCUUCGGGAAGCAGAUCGGCAACUACUCCUGCGCCGCUCAGGGCACCCAGACCGGACAGAAGAAGUCGCUGGACUUGACCGGUCCGCUGUUGCUCGGUGGAGUUCCCAACCUGCCCGAGGAUUUCCCCGUCAGGAACAGAGACUUCGUGGGCUGCAUGAGAAACCUGAGCAUCGACAGCAAACCCAUCGACAUGGCGAGCUACAUCGCCAACAACGGCACCGCAGCAGGUUGUGCAGCAAAGAAGAACUUUUGCACGACUGAAGUGUGUCAGAACGGAGGAGUGUGCGUCAGCAAGUGGAACACCUACAGCUGCGACUGUCCGACCGGCUACGGAGGCAAGAACUGCGAACAAGUGAUGCCGUCUCCUCAGUUCUUCGACGGCCAGGCUCUGGUGUCCUGGAGCGAUCCAGACGUCACCGUCGCUGUUCCCUGGUACAUGGGCCUCAUGUUCCGCACCAGGCAGCCCACCGGGACCCUGAUGCAGGCCAACGCCGGACCCUCGUCCACCAUCAACCUCAUGGUGAGUGAGCAGCAGGUCCGCAUGGAAGUGUUUCUGAGGCAGAAGCUGGUGGCGUCGCUGAGCUUCCCCCAAGUUCGCGUCAAUGAUGGCGAGUGGCACCACUUGCUGGUCGAACUGAAGAGCAUCAAAGACGGGAAGGACAUCAAGUACAUGGCUGCUGUGUCCCUGGACUACGGCAUGUACCAGAUGUCGGUGGAGAUCGGUAACGAGCUGCCAGGUCUGAAGCUGCGAACGCUUCAUGUUGGAGGUUUGCCUGGAGAAGGAAACCAUGUCAACAAAGGAUUUGUUGGCUGCAUACAGGGCGUACGUAUGGGUGAGACGUCCACCAACGUGGCCAACAUCAACAUGGCUCAGGGCCUGAAGAUCCGGGUGGAGGACGGCUGCGACCUGGCCGACCCCUGCGACUCCAACAUCUGCCCCGAGAACAGCCACUGCAGCGACGACUGGAGCACCCACACCUGCGUCUGCGAUCCAGGUUAUUUUGGUAAAGAGUGCGUGGACGCUUGUCACCUCAAUCCUUGUGAGCACGUUUCCACAUGUGUCCGCAAACCGAGCUCCUCCCACGGCUACACCUGUGAAUGUGGACAGAACUUCUACGGCCAGUACUGUGAAAACAAAGUGGAGAAGCCGUGUCCUCAGGGUUGGUGGGGCAGCCCCGUCUGUGGACCCUGUAACUGUGACACCAGCAGAGGAUUCCACAAAGACUGCAACAAGACCACUGGAGAGUGUCGCUGCAAGGAAAACCACUACCGUCCGGAGGGUGAGGACACCUGUUACCCCUGCGAGUGCUUCUCCGUCGGCUCCGAGUCUCGAACCUGCGACGCCGUCACCGGUCAGUGCCCCUGCAAGGGAGGAGUCAUCGGGCGCCAGUGCAACCAGUGCGAUAACCCCUUCGCCGAGGUCACCCCCACUGGAUGCGAGGUGGUGUAUGAAGGUUGUCCCAAGGCGUUUGACGCUGGCAUCUGGUGGCCCAAAACCAAAUUUGGACGCCCUGCUGCCAUGGCCUGUCCCAAAGGAUCCAUCGGUACCGCCAUCCGCCACUGCAGCGAUGAGAAGGGCUGGUUGUCUCCUGAACUCUUCAACUGCACCACCGUCACCUUCUCUCAUCUGAAGAAAAUGAACGAGGAUCUGAGUCGCAACGGCUCCAGGAUGGACAGCGAACGCUCCAAGGCCAUCGUGCGCCUGCUGCACAGCGCCACCAACAACACGCCGCACUACUUUGGCAACGACGUGAAGACGGCCGCCCAGCUGCUGAAUCAUGUGCUGCAGUACGAGAGCCAGCAAGUCGGCUUCGACCUCACCGCCAUGAGGGACGCCGACUUCAAUGAGAACCUGGUGCGAGCAGGCAGCGCCAUCCUGGAUCCCGACACCAAGGAGCACUGGGAGCAAAUCCAGAGGACGGAGGGCGGCACGGCGCACCUGCUGCGCAACUUCGAGGACUACGCCAACACGCUGGCGCAGAACGUCAGGAAAACCUACCUGAAACCGUUCACCAUCGUCACGGACAACAUGAUUCUAACCGUGGACUACCUGGACAUGUCCGACCCGGAGAGGGCCACCCUCCCUCGUUUCCAGGACAUCCAGGAGGAAUACUCCAAAGAGCUGGGCUCCUCCGUCCACUUCCCACAGUUUAACCUGCGCGCUCAGGUCCACAAAGCAGAGUCCACUCCUGCUCCUGCGGCUCAGACCGACGCCCCCGAGGAGGAGGAGGAGGCGCAGCUGCAUCCCACGGUGUCGGACAGGAAGCGGCGCCACCUGGAGCCUCCUGCCCCUCUGCCCGUCGCCGUGGUGAUCGUCUACAAGUCGCUGGGGAAGCUGCUGCCGGAGAGAUACGACCCCGACCGAAGGAGUCUCAGGCUCCCCAACCGUCCGGUGAUCAACACAGCCAUCGUGAGCGCCACCGUCCACAGCGAGGGUCCGCCUCUUCCCGCCGUCCUGGACCCUCCCAUCACGUUGGAGUAUACGAUGCUGGAGACGGAGGAGAGAACCAAGCCGGUCUGCGUGUUCUGGGACCACUCCAUCCCGAUCGGAGGCACCGGCGGCUGGUCCUCCAAAGGCUGCGAGGUGCUCAACAGGAACAACAGCCACAUCAGCUGUCAGUGCAACCACAUGACCAGCUUCGCCGUGCUGAUGGACAUUUCCAAGAGAGAGCACGGCGACGUCCUCCCCCUGAAGAUCGUCACCUACACCACGGUGUCGGUUUCCCUGUUGCUCCUCCUCCUCACCUUCAUCCUGCUGUGCCUCCUCCGCCGGCUUCGCUCCAACCUCCACGUCAUCCACAGGAACCUGGUGGCGGCGCUCUUCUUCUCCAUGCUCGUCUUCCUGCUCGGCAUCAAUCAGACUGAUAACGUGUUUGUGUGUACGGUCAUCGCCAUCCUGCUGCAUUACUUCUACAUGUGCACCUUCGCCUGGAUGUUCGUGGAGGGGCUGCACAUCUACCGCAUGCUGACGGAGAUGAGGAACAUCAACCACGGCCACAUGAGGUUCUACUACGCCAUGGGCUGGGGCAUACCGGCCAUCAUCACCGGUUUGGCAGUCGGCCUCGAUCCUCAGGGUUACGGAAACCCGGACUUCUGCUGGCUUUCCGUCCACGACACCCUCAUCUGGAGCUUCGCGGGACCCAUCUUUGUGGUCGUCCUGGUGAACAUAGUGAUCUUCAUUCUGGCUGCUAAGGCCUCCUGUGGUCGCCGGCAGAAGGCUGUAGAGAAAUCAGGAGCCAUUCCCGCACUGCGCAUGGCCUUCGUCCUCCUGCUGCUCAUCAGCGCCACCUGGCUGCUCGGUCUGAUGGCGGUCAACAGCGACGUGAUGAUCUUCCACUACCUGUUCGCCGGCUUCUGCUGUUUACAGGGAAUCUUCAUCUUCUUCUUCCACAUAAUCUUCAACAAAGAGGUGAGGAAGAACCUCAAGAACGUCUUCACGGGAAAGAAGAGCGUCCCGGACGAGUCCAGCACCACCAGAGCCUCCUUACUCACACGCUCUCUCAACUGCAACAACACGUACAUGGAGGACGGUCCGCUGUACCGCUCGGGCAUCGGCGAGUCCACCGUGUCCCUGGACAGUACGCUCAGGGAGGAGUCGGGUCAGAAGCCCAGCGUGUCUUCAGGAACAGCCAAAGGACACACCGACCUGGAUGGACCUCUGUUCCACAGGAACGGCACCAAAGGAGACGACUCUGACUCAGACAGCGAGCUGUCGGUCGAUGAACACAGCUCUUCCUACGCCUCCUCCCACUCCUCCGACAGCGAGGAUGAUGACAUCGAUGUCAAGCCAAAGUGGAACAAUGAGCGGCCUCUUCACAGCACCCCGAAAGGUGAUUCCGUGUCCAAUCACGUGAAGCCUUACUGGCCAGCAGAGGCCACCACAGCCAGCGACAGCGAGGAUCCAGGCGGGGCGGAGAGGCUGAGGGUGGAGACCAAAGUGAACGUGGAGCUUCACCCAGAGAAUAAGCUCAACCACGUCGGUGAACGAGAGAGGGAGGCUCUCCAGGAGAGAGACAAACAGACGCCCAGCAACGCUAAAGACUCAGCGCCUGCCGGUCAGCCCAACAGCAACCACCAGCCCGAGCAGAGGAAAGGUAUCUUGAAGAACAAGAUCAGCUACCCUCCUCCACUCACCGACAAGAACAUGAAGAACCGUCUGAGGGAGAAGCUCAGCGACUACAACUCCCCCACCAUCACCUCCCCGCCCCCCAACAACAACAACACCUCCUCCCCGCCUCCCUCCUCCGUCAACAUCAUGACCCCUUCGUCCCGGCCGCCUUCGCUGGCCUCCAACGAAGGUAGCCGCGUCGGAAACCACGACGGCGGCUCCGUCAUCAAGCCGCCCAUCGCGCCGAGGCCUCAGAUCCCCGUCGGGGCGCCGCCAGCGGGAAUCUACCGGGAGACCAACGGGGGAGUGGCCAUGCACUUGAAGUCAGGGACGGUCAACGGAGGCAACGAGUCUGAUUCAGAGAAAACCCAGACCAGCCUGCCCUUGUGAGAGGAGGAGCCGAAGAACCUGCUGGGAAAAAGAGAAGGAAAGCCAAGAGCGGAGGAAUAAAAGAACGAUGGACGGACAGGUGGUGGAGGGGCGCUGUCCAUCCAACCCCUCCUCUCAUGUUUCAUCUCUCCGGAGAGAGCAGUAUUAAUUGCAGACUUUAGGACUGCCUCAGACAUGAAAAUAAGCAGAGAUUAUGGAAAGAUGUGAGAAAUAAUAAAGGGAAAGCUGUGUUGGACUGCACCGAGAGACGACACAGCGGAGCCACGUGUGCCAAAAACCACUAAAGGAGACGUGAGAGAUGAAGAACGCCCCCAGGAUGCAUUGCAAGCUCCUCCGCGGUGGGUUCGAGGAGCCUGUGGGGGGUUCAUUGGAAGACAGGCAGAUGUACAAUCACUGAACCUACACAAGCUGGUACAGUUUCAUUUGUAGUCCAAAAGGAUUUCAAGGACUACAAGUCCCUACGAGCCGUCAAGACACAACCCGCUCUCAGCGACUUUUGAACUCGAUGCUGGACGGCGCCGUCACCCACCAAGUGCUCUUUUCUGAUUUUUUUUUACAUUUUUUAAAACUCAAACGAAGGCUCGCGCAGCCGCUCAGUGCAGUGUAUUUAGAGUGUAAUUAAUAUGUAGAUAAUGUUAAAGGUGAAGAAGAAAAAAUGAUCUAUUUUGUAUUUCAGCAAAGGACGAGUUUCUACAGUAAAAAAUAAAAAAUAAAA